UGACUUUGUCAAUAUUUAAAUAUCUCUGUCGGAGUUUACAUGUUACAUGACAAACUAAUGUCUAAACCUUGUGAUUUUUUUCGAAAUGUAUUGACGGAUAAUGAACAACGCAAAUUCUAAUUACAUUUUAACAUAAAACACCACAAAUCAAUCCGCCCAUUCCACGAAAAAUGUCCACCAGCAAAUUAGAUGCAGUUUACCGUAGUAUACUCAUCACAAAAUUUUUUACUAAAGGUUGGGGAAAACCAGAAAACCUUCGUAGGUUAUUUGAGUUUAGAAAAGUUGUCUCCAAUCGUGAUGAAUGCUUUAAAUUGGUCGAAAGAGAUUACCCUGUAACAAUUACCAAGGAACAAAACCUGUCAGAUUGUCGCCUUCUAGAGGGCUACUUUGUAACUCCCAUGGAAAGACAUUUACCUGGUAUAGUCCCAAAAAUUGCACAAAAGGCACAUUUUCAAAUGUUAUUACCUAAUCAUUGGCCAGAAUCCUCGUGCAAACCUGUGUGUUUACAUCUUGCUGGUACUGGUGACCAUUAUUUCUGGAGAAGAAGAAAUUUAAUGGUUAAACCAUUGCUGAAAGAAGCUGGCAUUGGUGGUAUCAUAUUAGAAAAUCCAUUUUAUGGCCUCCGUAAACCAACUGACCAAGUACGUUCCUCUUUACAUAAUGUGUCGGACAUUUUCGUGAUGGGCGGUUGUUUAAUUCUUGAGUCGUUGGUUCUUUUUCAUUGGUGUGAGCGUAAUGGUCUGGGCCCGCUUGGAGUCACCGGAUUAUCUAUGGGUGGACAUAUGGCCUCUCUGGCAGCUACAAAUUGGCCGAAACCACUAGUUUUAGUUCCUUGUUUAUCAUGGUCUACUGCAUCUGCUGUGUUUUUACAGGGUGUGAUGUCACAUUCAAUUAAUUGGGAUUUACUCGAAGACCAAUAUUUAUCAGAUGGUUCAUACAGGGAAAAGCUAUCAAAAAUGGUGACUAUUGUAGACGAGGCUUUUUUGGCGGGAAAGAAGUUUGCUCAAACAUACUCACAAAGAAUGGACACACAGACAGGAGACCCUAUAGUGAAAACCGUUAAUCUGGAGCCAAAUUAUCCUGUCGAUAUAACGUUUAAAGAAAAUCCCAUUUCCGAAAUUAAAGAAAAAAGAAAAAAGUUAGAAAACGAGUCUUUUGCUCAAAAAGAGAAUUUAAUUGAAAAGUUGAAAAUAUUGUUAGAAGAGGAGAAAAUAAGUCAGAGCCUUUAUGAUAAGUUGACGUCGGAUGAGAAAUUUGAGUUGGACUCCCAGGAUAUUGAGAUUAUAAAUAAAUUGACUGAAGCUAGAAUAAGGGAGGUGCUCCUAAAAUUUCAAGUUGAAACCAAAAGCGAUGUUCCUAAACAUAAUUAUACAGACUCGAAAACAGAGUCAAAAAUAUUAACUAGCAACACUGUAGCUAAAGAAAUAAUAGAUAAACCAAAGCCGGAGAGAAAAUCAUGGAACGUAUCAGAUCUUACCUCCGAUCUAUGGGUCAAUCUGCCUUUCAUGAAAUCAAGUGGGAAAAAGAUAGAUAUUGGAAAAAUACAUUGGAGGGACAGAGAAGCACUUCAGUUUAUGAGAGGGAUAAUGGAUGAAUGUACGCACUUGAGCAAUUUCUCUGUGCCCUUUGACACUUCGCUGAUCAUAGCUGUGUGCGCAAAACAUGACGCGUACGUACCGAGAGAGGACGUUGGGGCAUUAGAGGAGAUCUGGCCAGGGGCGGAAGUGCGUUAUGUGGACGCGGGACACGUUUCCGCCUACAUCCUGCAUCAGUCGUUAUUCAGAUCAUGUAUACGAGAGGCCUUCGAACGGUCAAAGAAGAAAUGGAAAAAUGGACAACAUAUCGAAUGAUACUAAAUACUAAUAAAAAAAGUUGGUGCAAUUUUACAGCAAUAUUUAGAUUUUAUGGGUAGUGAUACUAUUGUGAUUCUAACCUUCGUCAAUAAGUGCCAUAUGGCUAUAAUUUUUGACAACAAAACAUAUAUUUACCCCUUUAUCUGUUUCGAUUUAAGUAUAGUUUAGAUUGGUUAAAUGUUGAUAGAUUUCUAGUCUUGUUGCAAUGCCCCUAAAUUUUUCUACGUUAAUUUUAUACCUGCAGUACAAAGUUCUUAGUUUGUGCGUUUAGAUAAUGUUACUGUGUUGUUUUGUUAACGUAUUUAUGUAAAUAAGAAAUUUAUCUCUAUUGAGAGUGUAAAGUGUAUUUUUAUAUGCAAUAAAUAUACAUUUUUAUUU